AUGGGUUUUAACUCAUCUAUUAAGUUCCAUCAGCAGUGCGAGCACCGCUUGUAUCUUUAUUUCUAAAGUCCAUUAUUAACUAAAUUUUUAUAAUUUAUUUGAGUCAUUAUGUGUAACAAGUUCUUUGGAAUUCAGAUCUAAUCUCUUCUCCUCCAUUUGUAUACAUAAAAUAAUAGAAAUACUAAUUCGAUGCUAAUACCAUUUACUUAUUAAUUGACAAUAUCAUAGUAAUUUAUGCCAUUGAUAAUUACAUCUAAUUUAUUAAUUAAGACUUGGAAGUGAAUUCCUUUAAUACUAUUAGCUAUAUUUACUUUUAAAGAUUUUAUAGUCCUUGAAAAUUGAUAUGAAUAUUGAGUUUGGAAAAAAGAUGAAAUUGAGAAUUUAGUUAAGAAAAAUAAAAUUGUGAGUUUUGUGCCUAAUCUUGCUGAUUAAUUAGCAUAUGUGAUUAAAUAAAAAUUAAUCAAUAUAGAAAUGGGUUUUAAACAAAUCUAUUGCAUAUCCAAAACCUAACCAUACUUUCUCUAUCAAAGCAUAGUUUUUUUCAUGAUUAACAAUUAUUGA